UUGGCUAGACGUAUGCAAACAGAGGCACACGUUUUUACUAUAAAGUGAGUUACUGAGAUUACGGGUUGUUCUUUCAGUUACUCUUUCAGCUCCACUGGCUGAGCGAGCGGGAGGAGCAGCAGUGGCACGAGGGCCGGAGCUGUUGCGUGGGUCUGGGAGCCCAGAUUCUCAUCCCGGUACAGCCUGUCCUGCAGCCUUUCGGGGGGAUGUCCCUGCAGCAGCGCGCCGGGGAAGGGAGGAGAAAUCUCCUGGCGCUGCUAGGGUGCAGGAACGGAGGAGAGCCUGAGUGGGAGGCGAGGCGCCAUCCUUGGUUGAGGAAGAAACUGAAGCGGGAGCAGAAUGCCAGGCUGCAGCAACAGAGGGAGUGUUCGAAGGAGCGCAGCUUGGAGGUGGCAGUGCUGGAGAGGCGUGUUAGUGAGUUGCCAGAGCGCCUGGGGAAGAGAAAGGCAGCUCUGCCACAGGAAGAGAAUGUACCGGUUUCUUCAGAUGGGAAUUCCCCACAGCCAGUGGCUUCUGCUCCGGUCGAGUGGCAGCAGUAGGUCCUUCUAUCCAGUCCUCUGCUAUGCCAUGUAUUGCUUCCAGACCUGAACUUUGGGUGAAAGCAGCAUUCUCAGGUGGGACACGAGCCUCGCCGGGCAGGGGAGGGUCUGCUAAAAUCACAAACUCUGCCCAGCGUGGGAGAUGGGAACUGUUCACAAGCUAAAGGUCCUGCAGGUAAGAGCUUACAAUUAAUAGUUCUUAUACGGAUGUGUUUUGGUUCACUUCACAGCUCUGUUUUGGUGUUUUGGGUUUUUUUUCUAUUUGUUUUUAAAGCAAAGACUUAUUUGCAAUGUGGGUCUCACUACUUGCAAUCAUUUUUUUCUCUGCCAGUGAAUACGUUUGAUAAGCACUGAGGUUCUACGAUUCAGUUGUUCUAAAUUAAGGAAUUCUCUUAGUGAGCAAUUUGAGUUGUUAGACAGCGCAGACUGCAGAAGCAUUUUUCGGUAAACGGAUUGUUUUUUAGUUUAUUUUAAAGCUCUCCUAAAAACUCUACACCGGCGUGUGUUCGCUGGACCUGCCAGGGGGCUGCAGGGAGAAGCAGCUGGGGGGGGUUUGCUCUCUGCCCCUUUCCCACCUUCCCCUCAAUUCCCUGGGACUCCAGGGAAUCCCAGCUCCCCUUGGCUUUUCUGGGGGCCUCACAGAAGGGUUUCUAAGUGUGGCCCUGAGAUUUUAUGGCCUUGGAACUGGUGGCUGUUUCAGGGCACGUCUCACUGGGCAGUCUGUCUUUUAACAGUUCCUGGGGCAGGAGAAUUGCAGCAGAAGAAAGCAAAGGAAGCCCAGAGCCAGGACUAGGCAGGCCCGGGCCUCUGGCGAGCCCAGGUCUUGCUGCUCGGUGCCGAUUGUGCCCGGGGCUUGUUCCUCACCGUUCAGUUCCAAAUGAGAGGGGAGCAAGAGGCAGAACAGCCCACUGCUGCUGGGGCUGAGCUGUCUGCAGUGCCCGGGGGCCGGGCAGGACUUGGCCCCGGUGCCUGCAUUGCUCUGCAGCGACCAGGGAGGGGUCCCAAAAGUCAUCCCCCCGCGUGCUGUGCUGCACAGCAGGGGCUGGC